AUGAGUAAGAUAUUGGUGCUAAAUCCUAAUCCUAAUGAUCUAGAUAAAAUAUUAGAAAAAGCUAAUCUUCAAAAUAAGAAAAAUGGUCCCUUUGCUGCAACAAUUUUAUUAGGUGAUGUAAUUCCAGAAGACAAAGAAUUACCAACAAUUACGUUAAAUGAAAGUACUUAUUUUGGACAAGGAGUAAAUGGGAUAUCACAAGAAAUAAAAGAAGCAGAUUCAUCAUUAAUUGAUAUACUGGAUAACCUAACUUACGUAAAACCACCAUUCUCAAUUAUAAAGUUAAUCACAGGUACAACAAUAUUAAUCCUAUCAGGUCCACUAACAAAAGAAACAAUAACUAAAACUUCAAAAAUUAGAAUCAAAUUAGAUCUUUUAUUUACUUACAAAUGGCCAUCAGCAAUAGCACAAGUUGAAAAGUAUACACAAGUAUCGGAUGAUCUAGUAGAUUUGUUAGUGCAACAAAUAAAACCAAAAUAUCAUUUUGCAGUAGGAACAGAAGAAGGUAUAUUUUGUGAACUAGAACCUUUUAAAUGGUCAAGUGGAGAAAUUACGAGGUUUAUAAGUUUAGGUCAAGAAGGAAGUGGUGGGAAAUGGUUUUAUGCAUUCACUUUAGAAGAUAAAGAAGAUACUGAUUUAAAAUUUAUAGAUAAUCCAUUCACUUCGAAAAAAAGAGUAGCAGAAGUUAAUAAGGCACCAGUUAAGAAAGCUAAAGUAGUAACACCAGAUGAAUGUUUCUUUUGUUUAAGUAAUCCCAAAACUGAAACUCAUAUGAUUGUCUCAAUUGGAUCGCAAGCUUAUUUAACUAUUGCAAAAGGUCCAUUAACAAGAUCAAAUAAAGAUUUAUCAUUUUCUGGUCAUGGAAUUAUUAUACCUAUUCAACACGUGUCAAGUAUAAAAAAGGAAGAUGAAUUGAUACGACAAGAAAUCAAUAAGUUUCAAACCACAAUAUAUUCUGCAUUUGUCAAACAAAAACCAUUUUUAGCAUUAAUUGUGUUUGAAGUUAAUAGAUUUAAUAAUGUUCAUCAUAAUGUUCAAUUUUUACCCGUAUAUGAAUCAAUACUAGAUAAAUUUGAAAAUUCCUUAAAUUUUAGAGUAAAAUUAAAUAAUGAAAAAUCUAAAAGAAAUCAAGAAUUGAAAUUUGAAAAAUUUACUGAAAAUGAUCCAGAACUUACACAAUUUGAAAAUUCAGAUUUUAUAAAAUUUACAAUAUAUUCACAAACAGGUAUAAAGAUUUAUAUAACAAAACUACACCCCGAUCAAAAUUUUGAUUUCCAAUUUCCUCGUAGAGUAUUAGCACAUUUAUUAAAUUUACCAGAUCGAUUACAAUGGGAUAAAUGUCAACAACCUAAAUUUAAAGAAAUGUCAGAUUGUGAAGAAUUUAAAAAAUUUUAUACUGAAUUUGAUUUCACUUGA